GAAGGGUGUAUUGGUCAUUAACGAACGGAAGCGGAUAGGAUACACCUAAUUCCCAGGAAGGUCAUGGUGACGAGCAGAGUGAGAGAGAAGUGGCAGAACCGUGUGAAGAAGAAAGUGCCAGCAAUUUGUAUUUUUUGAGCAAUGGCCUCUGCCUCUGCAACCCUUUCCUUAUGUUCCUCUCUCCCAACCCACUGCAGAAUCUCUACAAAGCAAUACCCUUCCCCGACUUUCUCUUUCUCUAACAAUUCCAAUCUCAGGUCUCUCUUACCCUCUUCCCCCACCCUCUCUCUCUCUUCUUCUUAUUCUUCGCGUACAUUUCCACUUCUCCCCAAGUCCUCAGAAUCUGAGGCAGCCGUGCUUGAGUCUGAAUCCGGUUCACCGGAGCCCGAAUCCGCAGAAUUCGUCCAAACCUCCCCAGUUCAAGUCCCCAAGCGAGAGCAAGUGUUCGCUGUGGUUAUGAUAGGAUCGCGCCAAUACAUUGUUUUUCCUGGGCGGUUUAUCUAUACUCAGAGGCUUAAAGGCGCUAAUGUCAACGAUAAGAUUAUCCUGAACAAGGUGUUACUCAUCGGAACCAGAACAAGUACGUACAUUGGAAAACCAGUGGUGACUAAUGCUGCUGUGCAUGCUGUAGUUGAAGAGCAGGGUUUAGAUCCCAAAGUAAUUGUCUUCAAGUAUAAGAAGAAGAAAAACUAUCGAAGAAACAUUGGUCAUCGACAACCAAAUACAAGGAUACGCAUAACAGGCAUCACAGGCUAUCAGGACUAUCCAGCUGUUACACUUGAAUCAUAGGGUUUCUUGGCGAGUACAGUACUGAGGAUUGACAUCUGAAUGCUUUAGUGAAGGUCUUGUUCUCCGAUUUGUAUGUAAUUUCCUCUGUAGGGAACUAACUCCAGCAAUGGAUUAUAAAAGUUACUUUGUGCCAAAAUGAAUUGCUCAAUUAGAAUGCAUUGUGAAAA